UGUGUGUCUUGGCUUCUCUGUUCCUGUGUCACUCCUCUGGACCCCUGACUAGAGUGGGCUGCCCAGUGUGCACACAGCCCUGGCCUCGCUUCCUUGGGCCUGACCAUGCCUCUGCCCAGCCACCUCCUGCCUGCCCUGGUCCUGCUCCUUGCAGGGUCCCCAGGCUGGGCCUGGGCCCCCAACCACUGCAGGGCCCCCAGGGACACCAUGUGCAACUUCGUGUGUGACUGCUGGGACUGCUCCGACGAGACCCAGUGUGGUUACAGUAGGGCCUCACCCUCCCGGGGCGCCCCCUCCACCUGUGACUUCGAGCAGGACUCCUGCGGCUGGCGGGACAUCAGCACCUCAGGCUACAGCUGGCUCCGGGACCGCGCAGGGGCUGUGCUGCAGGGUCCCGGGCCUCGCUCAGACCACACUCUUGGCACUGACCUGGGAUGGUACGUGGCUGUUGGCACUCACCGUGGGAAAGAGGCUUCUGUGGCAGCCCUGCGUUCCCCUGUCCUGAAGGAGGCAGCCCCUACCUGCGAGCUGAGACUCUGGUACCACGCAGCCUCUGCAGAUGUGGCUGAGCUGCGGUUGGAGUUGACCCGUGGCAUGGAGACACUGGCCCUGUGGCAGAGCUCAGGGCCCUGGGGCCCAGGCUGGCAGGAGCUGGUGGUGGCUCCUGGCCGCAUCCGGGGUGAUUUCCGGGUGACUUUCUCUGCCACCCGAAAUGCCACCCACAGGGGUGCUGUGGCCUUGGACGACGUGACCUUCCAGGGCUGUGGGCUGCCCACCCCCCAGGCAAGCUGCCCCCUGGGGCAUCACCAUUGUCAGAACAAGGCCUGCGUGGAGCCCCACCAACUGUGCGACGGGGAGGACAACUGUGGGGACAGUUCAGAUGAAGACACACCCCUGUGCAGCCACCACACAUCCACUGACUUUGAGACGGGCCUGGGCCUAUGGAACCACUCUGAGGGCUGGACCCGGAAUCACAGUGCUGAUGUCCCCAAGCACCCCGCCUGGCCGCCCCGAGACCACAGCCGGAACAGCGCACAGGGCUAUUUCCUAGCAUCCGUGGCUGAGCCCAGUGCCCCUGCAGUCCUCUCCAGCCCCGAGUUCCAAGCUUCAGGUCCCCAUAACUGCUCGCUCACCUUCUAUCACUACCUGCAUGGGUCUGAGGCCAGCCUCCUCCAGCUGUACCUGCAGGCUCAGAACCCCGGUACCCCCCUCGACCCUGUCCUGCUGCGCAGGCGCCACGGGGAGCUGGGGGCUGGCUGGGUCCGAGACCGGGUUGACAUCUGGAGCAAGCACCCCUUCCAGAUCCUCCUGGUUGGGCAGACGGGUCCCAGGGGUGUCGUGGGCCUGGAUGACCUCAUCCUGUCUGAUGGCUGCAAACCAGUCCUGGAGGGAUCCCGCUCGCCCCCUGGGCUCUGGGCCCCAGUUCCCAGGCCCCAGCAUUUCUGUGGGCCAGGACAUCUCUCCUGUGGUAGCCUGUGUGUGGCCCCAGAGCAGCUGUGUGACUUCCAGCAGCAGUGCGAGGGGGGCCAGGACGAGCAGGACUGCGGCAGCACGGACUUCGAGUCCCCCACAGCUGGGGGCUGGGAGGACUCCAGCGUGGGGCGGCUGCAGUGGGGACAUCUCCCGGCAGAGGAGAGCAGGGGCCCCUGCACGGAUGCCAGCGGGGCUGCUACGGGGCACUUCCUGUCCCUGCAGAGGGCCUGGGGACAGCUGACAGCAGAGGCCCGGGUCCUCACACGCCCCCUGGGCCCCUCAAGCCCCCACUGUGAACUCCACAUGNGGGGCGCCCCCUCCACCUGUGACUUCGAGCAGGACUCCUGCGGCUGGCGGGACAUCAGCACCUCAGGCUACAGCUGGCUCCGGGACCGCGCAGGGGCUGUGCUGCAGGGUCCCGGGCCUCGCUCAGACCACACUCUUGGCACUGACCUGGGAUGGUACGUGGCUGUUGGCACUCACCGUGGGAAAGAGGCUUCUGUGGCAGCCCUGCGUUCCCCUGUCCUGAAGGAGGCAGCCCCUACCUGCGAGCUGAGACUCUGGUACCACGCAGCCUCUGCAGAUGUGGCUGAGCUGCGGUUGGAGUUGACCCGUGGCAUGGAGACACUGGCCCUGUGGCAGAGCUCAGGGCCCUGGGGCCCAGGCUGGCAGGAGCUGGUGGUGGCUCCUGGCCGCAUCCGGGGUGAUUUCCGGGUGACUUUCUCUGCCACCCGAAAUGCCACCCACAGGGGUGCUGUGGCCUUGGACGACGUGACCUUCCAGGGCUGUGGGCUGCCCAGUAAGACCCCAGGCCAUGGGCCCACACCUGGGGGGCAGUGGGCAAGCUGCCCCCUGGGGCAUCACCAUUGUCAGAACAAGGCCUGCGUGGAGCCCCACCAACUGUGCGACGGGGAGGACAACUGUGGGGACAGUUCAGAUGAAGACACACCCCUGUGCACCCCACUGCCUGGCCUAGGCCACCACACAUCCACUGACUUUGAGACGGGCCUGGGCCUAUGGAACCACUCUGAGGGCUGGACCCGGAAUCACAGUGCUGAUGUCCCCAAGCACCCCGCCUGGCCGCCCCGAGACCACAGCCGGAACAGCGCACAGGGCUAUUUCCUAGCAUCCGUGGCUGAGCCCAGUGCCCCUGCAGUCCUCUCCAGCCCCGAGUUCCAAGCUUCAGGUCCCCAUAACUGCUCGCUCACCUUCUAUCACUACCUGCAUGGGUCUGAGGCCAGCCUCCUCCAGCUGUACCUGCAGGCUCAGAACCCCGGUACCCCCCUCGACCCUGUCCUGCUGCGCAGGCGCCACGGGGAGCUGGGGGCUGGCUGGGUCCGAGACCGGGUUGACAUCUGGAGCAAGCACCCCUUCCAGAUCCUCCUGGUUGGGCAGACGGGUCCCAGGGGUGUCGUGGGCCUGGAUGACCUCAUCCUGUCUGAUGGCUGCAAACCAGUCCUGGAGGGAUCCCGCUCGCCCCCUGGGCUCUGGGCCCCAGUUCCCAGGCCCCAGCAUUUCUGUGGGCCAGGACAUCUCUCCUGUGGUAGCCUGUGUGUGGCCCCAGAGCAGCUGUGUGACUUCCAGCAGCAGUGCGAGGGGGGCCAGGACGAGCAGGACUGCGGCAGCACGGACUUCGAGUCCCCCACAGCUGGGGGCUGGGAGGACUCCAGCGUGGGGCGGCUGCAGUGGGGACAUCUCCCGGCAGAGGAGAGCAGGGGCCCCUGCACGGAUGCCAGCGGGGCUGCUACGGGGCACUUCCUGUCCCUGCAGAGGGCCUGGGGACAGCUGACAGCAGAGGCCCGGGUCCUCACACGCCCCCUGGGCCCCUCAAGCCCCCACUGUGAACUCCACAUGGCUUACUAUUUUCAGAGUAACCCCCAAGGCUUCCUGGCACUGCUUGUGGUGGAGGGUGGCACCCGGGAACUGGUGUGGGAGGCCCCGAGCAGCAGCAACAGCAGCAGCGUCUGGAAGGUGGACACGGUCCUUCUGGGGAAACGCCGCCGGCCAUUCCAGCUGGAGUUUGUUGGCCUCGUGGAUUUGGACAGCCCUGGUCAGCAGGGUGCUGGGUUGGACAAUGUGGUCCUGAAAAACUGCAGCCCUACAGUGGCCACCAAGAAGGACACAGAGGUCUCCUGUAACUUUGAGCGGGACACAUGUGGCUGGCACCCAGGCCACCUCACAGACGCCCACUGGCACCGGAUGGAGAGCCAUGGCCCUGGGUACGACCACACCACAGGCAAAGGCUACUUCAUGCUCCUGGACCCCAUGGACCCUCCCGCCCGGGGCCCUGGUGCCCACCUGCUCACCCAGCCCCAGACACCAGCAGCCCCUCAGGAGUGUCUCUCCUUCUGGUACCACCUCCAUGGGCCCCAGAUUGGGACACUGCGCUUGGUGAUGAGACAGGAUGGGAAGGUGGACACGCACCUGUGGUCAAGGUCAGGCACCCAUGGCAACCGCUGGCACGAGGCCUGGGCCACCCUCCACCACCAGACAGACUCUGGCGCCCAGUACCAACUGCUGUUUGAGGGCCUCCGGGACGGGUACCAUGGCACCAUGGCGCUGGACGAUGUGGCCGUGCGGCCUGGGCCCUGCUGGGCCCCCAAGCGCUGCUCCUUUGAGGACUCGGCCUGUGGAUUCUCCACCGGGGACUUCUGGACUCGCCAGGCCAACGUCACGGGCCACAUUGCCCAGGGCCCCCGGGCUGACCACACUACUGAGACAGCUCUGGGGCACUACAUGAUCGUGGACACGAGCCCACAGGCCAUGCCUCGUGGCCACGUGGCCUCCCUGACCUCAGAGGAGCACAGGCCCCUGGCCCAACCCGCCUGCCUGACCUUCUGGUACCAUCUGAGCUUCCGAAACCCGGGUACCCUGCAGGUCCACUUGGAGGAGGGGGAGAAGCAGCAGGUGCUCAGCAUCAGUGGCCACGGAGGGCUUGCCUGGCACCUGGGCAGUGUGGAUGUGCAGGCCCGGCGAGCCUGGAGGGUGGUGUUUGAGGCUGUGGCCGCCGGUGUGGAGCACUCCUACAUCGCGCUGGAUGACCUGCUCCUCCAGGACGGGCCCUGCCCUCCGCCAGCUUCCUGUGACUUUGAAACUGGUCUGUGUGGCUGGAGCCACCUGCCCUGGCCCGGCCUUGGUGGGUACAGCUGGGACUGGAGCAGUGGAUCCACACCCUCCCGAUACCCCCAGCCUCCGGUGGACCAUACCCUGGGCACUGACGCAGGCCACUUUGCUCUCUUCGAAACUGGCGUGCUGGGUCCAGGGGGCCGGGCGGCCUGGCUGCGCAGCCAGCCUCUGCCUGCCACGGAGGCCUCUUGCCUCCGCUUCUGGUACUACAUGGGCUUUCCCGAGCACUUCUACAAGGGGGAGCUGAGGGUGCUCCUGAGCAGUGCCCAGGGCCAGCUGGCUGUGUGGGGCACGGGUGGGCGCCGGAGGCACCAGUGGCUGAAAGGACAGGUGGAGGUGGCCAGUGCCAAGGAGUUCCAGAUCAUGUUUGAAGCCACUCUGGGCGGCCAGCCAGCCCUGGGGCCCAUUGCCCUGGACGACAUUGAGUAUCUGGCCGGGCAGCAUUGCCAGCCGCCUGCACUUAGCCCGGGGGACACGGCGGUGGCUAUAGUGGUGCCAGCUGCGGUCAGCGGUGCCCUCCUCUUCCUUGUACUCCUGGUGCUGCUUGGACUCCUGGGGCGGCACUGGCUGCAGAAGAAGGGGGGCUGCCCCUCUGGGGACAGGACAGCGACCGGGGCCCCUGGCUUUGACAACAUUCUCUUCAAUGUGGAUCAAGUCACCCUGCCCGCAUCAGUCACCAAUGACUCAUAGACCCAGAGAAGCCCCAGGCUCCUCACAGGAGCUCCUCCCAUCCUAUCAGCCCUGGCCCCGGACCAACACCUGCCCCUCCCCCAGGAUGGGCUGAGCCCUGCAUCCCUCACCUGGCAUCCUGCCACCCACGUGCCUAGCUAUUCCUCACCCCAACAAUAAACACUCCAGCCCGUGAGGGCA